AUGGAAUUUUCGACCAUAACGACUUAUGUCUGUACUUAUUCAACCUGGAAGACCAGAUUCGCUUCUUUGAUCAAAGACCAUGGCACAUUUACUCGGUUACGUAAAACUAGUAACGCCAUCUUCCAUGGGCCUCACUACGUGCAGAACCAAUACUACGGUGGACAUCUGCAUAGCAGGAGGCUAUACCUGAGCUGGAAGAUUAGGAAGGUGGAGCGCAUCUUUCAGCCCUCAUGGGACAUGUAUCUAUCAAUGGUCCUCGGUAUGUUCUUCAAUGAACGGCUGAAAUCCAGGAUUAGCUCUCUCGUUGAACAGGUCAAAGAUAUCCGGCUGAUCCCUCACUGGAUGAAGUUGCAGAUGAUAGAAGUGGUCAUGGCUGAUGGUCAACCUAUUCCCCUCUUCAUGCUUUGCUUUGCAAUUCAUCAGGAGAUGGAGUCGUUAAGUGUUUAG